AGUCACGUCAUACCGGUUUUCCUCUCUCUCUCUAUUUCUCUCUCUCAGACCACUCCUCUCUCCUCUCCUCCGAUCACCCCCACCGAUGAUCCUGCUCUCCGGUACCGGGGACAGAGUCUCGCGCUGCGCUCCUGCGAGCCUGAGUAACUGGAUCCGCUGUUUUACCGCGCUGGAUUUUAAUCAAUUAAACAAAGAUAAGGGACGAGAUGGAUAGAAUACAAGAAGAAACGCGUGGGCCGUAGCUACAGACUCUAUCCCGUCACGACAUGUCACUUGUCAUGACAGAGACGUCUAUGGGCUUCUUUGAAAAUGCGUAACGAGAGAAGCAGAUACGAUUUAAUCGUUGGCAAUGAACCUGAAUUUCCAUUCCUCCACAUUAACGGGAGGACAUGGCUCAAUACACAGAUUCCUAAAAUCUUUGGAACAUAAUUAUUUUUUUGCAUGAUCUCAGUAAGACAUCAGUAGAGCAGUUUGUCAGUGCACAGCGCAUUAUGUCCGUUCAGUGCUGCAUUGAUGUAAGGGAAACGCUGGAGCGGAGGACAAACCGAACCGUCGUGUGAUGUGACUCGUGUCUCUGGGAUUAGUAGCCUACCAAACAAUCUGUAGAAAUAGUCUAAUGGACAAUUACUCAACGCUUCAGUUGCAGUGUCUGGAGAUGACUACUAAGAGGAAGUUCAUCGGCCGCCUGGUGCCCUGUCGAUGCUUCCGGGGGGAGGAGGAGGUCAUCUCAGUGCUGGAUUAUUCCCACUGUAGCCUGCAGCAGGUCCCUAAGGAGAUCUUCAGCUUCGAGCGCACGCUAGAAGAGCUCUACCUUGACGCCAACCAGAUUGAGGAGCUGCCUAAGCAACUCUUCAACUGUCAAGCACUCAAGAAGCUGAGCAUGCCUGACAAUGACCUCUCCAACCUGCCAACCACCAUCGCCAGCCUUGUGAAUCUAAAGGAGUUAGAUAUUAGUAAAAAUGGUAUUCAAGAGUUUCCAGACAACAUCAAAUGCUGUAAAUGUCUAUCAGUUGUGGAGGCCAGUGUAAACCCUAUAGCCAAGCUCCCAGACGGCUUCACCCAGCUCCUCAACUUGACACAGCUCUUCUUAAAUGACGCCUUCCUUGAAUACCUGCCUGCCAAUUUUGGGAGAUUAUCUAAAUUACGAAUCCUGGAGCUUCGUGAGAAUCAUCUGAAAACUAUGCCAAAGUCAAUUCAUAGGCUGUCGCAACUGGAGCGGUUAGACUUGGGAAGCAAUGAAUUCUCUGAACUGCCAGAAGUGCUGGAGCAGAUCCAUAGUUUAAAAGAGCUGUGGUUGGACAACAAUUCAUUACAAACCAUACCAGGGUCUAUUGGGAAACUGAGGCAGCUGCGAUAUCUAGACUUGGCUAAGAACAGGAUUGAGAGUCUAGAUGCAGAUAUCUCUGGCUGCGAGUCCUUAGAGGAUCUACUUCUCUCUUCCAACAUGCUGCAACAGUUACCUGAUACAAUAGGAAAGUUGAAAAAGCUGACAACAUUAAAAGUUGAUGACAACCAGCUCACCUCACUGCCUAACACCAUUGGAAGUGCACGUGGCAAAACCGGUUUAUCACUUUUAGAGGAGUUUGACUGUAGCUGUAAUGAACUGGAAUCCCUGCCACCCACCAUUGGCUACCUGCACAGUCUUCGGACAUUUGCGGCCGAUGAGAACUUCCUGACUGAGCUGCCCAGGGAGAUUGGAAACUGCAGGAAUGUUACGGUCAUGUCCUUGCGCUCCAAUAAAAUAGAGUUUCUGCCUGAUGAAAUUGGACAGAUGACAAAGCUACGUGUUCUCAAUCUAAGUGACAAUAGGUUAAAGAAUCUUCCCUUCACUUUCACUAAAUUGAAAGAUCUUGCUGCACUCUGGUUAUCUGACAAUCAGUCCAAGGCCCUUAUCCCCCUUCAAACAGAGGCUCACCCUGAGACCAAACAGAGAGUUCUUACCAACUACAUGUUUCCUCAGCAGCCCCGGCACGAUGAGGAUUACCAGUCUGACAGUGACAGCUUUAAUCCCACUCUCUGGGAGGAACAGAGACAGCAGAGGAUGACGGUGGCAUUUGAGUUUGAGGACAAGAAGGAAGAAGAGGACAACUCAGGAAAAGUGAAGGUUGAGAUUAAUCUGAAGCGCUAUCCCACCCCUUACCCAGAAGACCUAAAGAAUAUGGUGAAGUCAGUGCAGAACCUGGUGGGUAAAACCACUCACCCCCUCAACACUGAAAAAUGUUCUUCUGGGACCAAUAUGGAGCUCCACAGCCAAGACAAGUAUGAGCCCAAGUGGCCCAUUGCUCCUAAGGAGGUGACAGAACGAGAGGUCAAAGACUUUUCGAAACUACCAAUGUCCGAACAAGGUGUCAUCCUCAACUCAGCCAUUGACAUCCCAAAACGCAAAGACAAAGAGGAUCUGACCGAGAGCUCAGAAAUUUCUUUACACCGCGUCGUUCCCAAGCCGCAUCAGCCAGAGAAUACGAGCCUGGCCGUUACUUCCUCUUCCUGUUUCUGCCUCAUAGACUCCAUGGGAGGCUCCCCUAAUGAUAUCCGAAUUUCUGACAUGCGGCCAACUUUGGUAGAGCCACCAAUGUACAAACCAAAAGUUGUGUUACUGGGCAAGGAAAAAAAAGAGUCCACCGAUGAGUCUGAGCCAGACAAAAUGCAUUGUUUGAACAACAGCGGAUCAUCUGCCACUUAUUCCGACUACUCACCCUCCCAGGGAUCAUCUGGCUCCUCCAACCCACCUGGAAAUGUCAGUAAUCUGCAAACAUCUGGGAAAGAGGGGCCAUCACAGACUCACUGGACCAACAGGCUGGCUCAGUCUUUUCCAAAGCCUAUUGAAAGUAAGCCCCUUCUGAGCCAGAGGGAAACACCUCCUUCCAGCACGCUGCAGCAACGAGGUGAGAGGCGGCCACUGAGCGACACCUUCGACAGCUGGAACGAUGCCCCCCACUACGAUAACACGGGUUUCGUUGCAGAGGAGACGCCUCUUGACACUCCAAGCAGCAGCGCUGGAAACCCCAUGCUAGGCUCAAAGCCCCGGAGUGCCUCAAUGGCACAUGGCCGGCGGCCUCUCAUGAGACAAGAGCGCAUUGUGGGAGUUCCUCUAGAGCUCGAUCAGUCGCAACUCACUUUCCACACUGUUCGCACCACCCCUGAAACUGAAGUGCCUCCUCCCUCUAACCCCUGGCAGAACUGGACGAGGACUCCCAGUCCCUUCGAGGACAGGACAGCUUUCCCUUCCAAGUUGGAAAUUACUCCAGGCAACAGCCCCAAUCCUGAUCGUAAGGACUUCGAACAGGAGAUGAUGGAACUACCCGGCACUUUUCCCUCAACUAGAGCCUGGGGGUUUCUGGACUCUACGGACUCAGGGAUGGGACGAGGUCAUCCCAACAUUUCUGCGCAUGUCCAGGGUGUAAAAGAAUCGAACAAAUUAGGCACUAUGGUUCUUAGCAAGAGUUCUGAAAGACUUUCGCCAAUGAUGAAGGAGGUAAAAGCGAAAUUUAAGAAAUCUCAGAGCAUAGAUGAAAUCGAUAUGGGGUCGUACAGGGUUUACAGCAUCCCCUUGGACAGCUACAGUUCUAGCAUAGAAAACCAGGGAAGUGUUGAUAGAGCAGACCUCCCUGUACCUCUAGAACAGAGCAUGUCCAGGAGCCAGUCUGCUCCAAUGCUGGACGAUGAUCUGGAUGGCUUUGGUUCGAAAAGCUCUCAGCAACAGAAACCUGCCAUCCCAAAGAAAGUUUACCAUUUUGACCAAAGCUUCAACCCACAAAGAGCCAUGGAUCUUAUGAAAGCGGAGAGGAGAGUUCCUCCACCAUUCCCCAAUGCCCCUGAAUAUGUAAACCAACCUGGGAAGACAUUGUCAAAGGAACUGGUGAGCCCAAGAGGCUACCGAGGCUAUCCACCGAUGGAACAGAUGUUUUCAUUUGCUCAGACUGCAGUCACCGAUGAUGCCAUCAAUCCACAGCUCUCGGUCCAGCCCCAGCGCUCCAGGCCGGGCUUCCUGAGGCGCGCUGACUCUCUGGUAAGUUCGACAGAGAUGGCGCUGUUCCGCAGAGUAGCUGAGAACCAAGAACUGCAGCUGGCAGAGCACUACAACAGGUCUCAACAGAGCAUGCUGGAACAACAGAACAGCUUGGCUUCCAUCACUGACACCCAGUUCCACAAGAGAAAUGGUAGGUAUGACGAAGAUUACUCGUCUUAUCAAGAACCCAAAAAGCCCAUCAUGGGUUACCCCACCAAGAGUCUGACACAACGUCGCCCCCUGUCUGCACGGAGCUACAGCACAGAGACAUAUGGGGCAUCUCAGGCAAGGCCAGUGUCUGCCCGACCCACCAUGGCUGCACUGCUGGAGAAAUUGCCUUCAGAUUACAAUCUUAGUACAUGCACUGAGAAAAGCCCUGAAGCUGACAUGAAGAUGAGACCUGUCCCUCAAAAACAAGAGGACCCGACCUCCAAAAUGCCAGUAGAUUGGAGACAGCAGCUGCUUAGACACAUUGAAGCAAAGAGGCUAGACCGGAGCGCUGUCCUUAAGCACAACACAGUAAACUUCGGCAUGCUGUACUCUGGAGGCUAUGCUGCACCGCAUGCCAGCAGAAGCAUGACAAUAAACUUUUACAAUAACACAAAGCAUGAAAACCAAACAACUCAGUGGCUACCUCUACCGAAUACACCUUCACAACAGAGCAAUAUUUUAGAUAAUGGACAAGAAGUGGUUUCCCCAAGUAGCCAGUGGGCCCCGUAUUCACUGGGACGAAGAGACGUGCCACCAGAGAACAUGAAUAUCAUUAAAAAGCCUGGUGUUCACAAUCCCCAUCAACAACAGACUAUGAUGAUAACCUCUGCCAACCAUCCCCACCGGACGGCCCGUGACCAGCAGUAUGAGGGGGCCAUCAACAAGGUGUCCAUCCAGCAGUACCAGUCCCCUCUGCCCAUGCCCAUCACCACCACCAGCCCCCGGCCUCAGAGUGCCCGCUGCUUCAUCCAGACUAAAGGCCAGAAGAGUAUGGAUGGCUUUCCAGAGCAGCUCUGUGUGAGGAUCGAGAAGAACCCUGGCCUUGGUUUCAGCAUCUCUGGGGGAAUCAGUGGACAGGGAAACCCCUUCAAGCCCUCGGACAUGGGUAUCUUUGUUACUAGGGUACAGCCUGAUGGACCUGCCGCCAACGUUCUUCAACCAGGGGACAAAAUUCUGAAGAUCCAGAGUUAAAGACCGGCUUCUUUCCACCUUCUCUCCUUUUACAGCAUGAUCUCCCGUGUGCAUCUCUCUCUUUUCUCUCCCUCACAGUGUAUAUCUCUUUAUCCUCUUUGAGCUAGGCCUGCUCCCAGCCCUCCUGUGCUGCCGUGCCUGUUCUUGCCUCCCUGCCUCCCUCCCUCCUUUUUUCCACACAUCUCCCAGUUCAUUUUGUUUACCAUGUGCUUCAUUCUUGCAUUGCAGGCCAACGGACAUAGUUUCUUACACAUGGAGCAUGAAACAGCAGUGUCUCUUCUGAAGAAUUUUCCGAAAACUGUGGACUUGGUAAUCUUAAGGGAGAGCACAACAUAAAUAUUUUUAUAGACUUCUCACCCAGAUGGAACACAGGAACUUGUACAUCUUCUUUUUAUCUAGGAACAAUUUUGCCAAUUGCUGGACCAAUGGCAAAUUCCAGUGCCAAAUGUACACUAGAGGACAUAUACAAUAACGUAACAUAUGGCUCACACAUUCUACACGAACAUACAUUGGUUGAAAUCUUUGGUUGAUGUUGCUGAUAUUCUUCUUUAUCUCAGCCUGUGGCUGUAAGUGGGUGCAUUUUUUCCUGCUUAUUUAUAUGGCGUAUUAUUUUGUACCUAUUUUUCCUAGCAGCUUUUCGGUUUAAUCUUGGAGCAUGAAAGCACAUCUGCUUUUAAGGACAUUUACCCACCAUAACACUGCCUCAACUUUGUAAAUGCCUUGUGUAAAUAUAUACAUCUACAACUCAAAUGUGAUAAGAGCGUAGAAUGUGAAUGAAAGACACAUUGAUGAUGAUUUUCUAACACAUCGAUGAGUUUUUGUAACAACUUAGAAGAGACAUCCUUCUCACGAAAACAACAAUUUAGGGAAAUCGAAAAAGUCCCCUUUUAAUCUUGAUAAACCCUAAUCUUCUGUAUUUGCACAAAUCAAAAGACAGAAAUGAAUCCCUAAGCAAUAUUUCUUUCAUUUGUGUGGUUUUCCUGCAGCACCCUCUAUUGGUAUUCAUGGAUUUUUCCCAGUCCAGAUCAGGGUGGGUUUUGUUCAUUUGCUAAGUAUUGUGAAUAUACAUUUCCAUGUUUUUUUUCAUUCCCACUUACCUUUGUUGGCUGCCAGGAAAAUUCAUACAUGUGGCAGUUUAUUGGCAACACAGUUUUCUAUAUAAAAUGUACUUUCAUAUCACAUACUACAGUUUAAGUGAGGAAAAAAGGGCAAAAAAGCUUAAUUCCAGUUGCUUUGUUGUUGUUAUGCUGCUUUAAGGUUUUUAAAUAUGUUUUUUUUUAAUGGAAUAAAGGGAAUUCCUGUCAUAAUAAAACUGACUAGAUACAGUGUACACAUGUAAGGCUUUACUGAGCAUGCUUUCACUCUUAAACUUGUUUUAUUAGGAUGCUUAUUAGGGGUCAGUGUGUUUUGGACAAAGCAUUUUUGCAUAACCUUUGUUUUACAUCUCUUUUGGCCUUUUUUUUUUUUUUAAUACGUCAUUGUGAAAAACAGUGCCAUAAUAUCCCUAAAAAAAAAAAAAAAAAAAAAAAAAAAAACCCUGGGCAUGUUUCAAAUGUUGCUAAAAAUGUAGCAUUUAGAAGGAGUUUCGAGCCGAAAUGCACUCUGAAGGACCCCAACACAACAUCCACUGCAUUUAGCUUCAGAUAAAUAUUGUUGAUUAAAUAAAGAUUAUUAUGGAUGAUGCAAUUAAUUGUUCAAAUACUAUUGUGAAAGAACAUUUGAUAAUGAUUAUUUUUACUAAAUGUUUUCAAAUAAUGGUUUCUAAUAUAUUGAUAUAAUUAGCUAUGCUCAAAUUGUUAAAUUUUAUAAAGAACAAAGCCAAUGUAUGGACAGAGAGUUAGAUUGUGAGGGAAGGACAAACACUAGAAACAAAUAUGUACAAUUCUUUCUGAAGUAAUUGUGAAUUUGUGUCAUAAACAUAUAUAUGUAUAUGAAUAUACAAAUGGUCAUUUUUGUAUGUGUUUAAAGACCUAUUGAAUAUAAAAUAUAAUAUUGUACUAUUCAGUCUAAUUGCAGUAUUGAUGUAAAUAACUAUGAAUGGGAGACAUUUAAAAAAUUUAUUCCAAUAGAUUGUGAAUGUACUUAAAGCUUUCUGCAGUAUUAAGACUUACUGAACUUGAAUGCCGUUUCAUUUUUGUGCAAAAAGUAAUUAUAUCUAGAAGAAAUUAUUCAAUUUAGUUCAAAAGAAUUAGUGACAAUUUAUCAUAUUUAUUUGCACAUGCAAGUUUACUCCUUCCAAUUUUUUUCUGUAUUACCGCAAAUAUGUAAUUGAUGACAUAUAUUCUGUGUCUAGAAUGCAUUUUGCAGAUGAUAUAUGUACAUAUUUAAAAUAAAUUUUAGUUAAAAAAAAAAAUUCAAUUAACAAACCUGUAUAAAAAGGAGAAGAAAGUCCAAUGCUGUUCAGCAAAUAUUGGAGCCAUUUUCGGCUUUGGAGUACAGAUUUUUUCCAGUAUCUAAGAGGUGUUUUGAAUAAUGUAUCUUUAUUGUACAAAUAAUAAAAAUGUCACUAUUGUUA